GAAGCUGGGGUCACUUCCUGCUCCGUCCCAGUCACCCUGAACUGGUCCCCGGGUCCUCAGCCUGGAAUCACCCCUUGAGAAGGACCCCAGAGUUCCCGGCAUCCAGCCCGUCCCCCGAGGCAGGGCACUUAAGGGGUUAAGUCCCCUGGGGCUGGCCUCUGCCUUUCGGCUUUUCCCAGACCCUAGAGCCAGACCCUGGAACUUUCACAGUCCGCAGCUCUGGGAUGGAACCUGAGACGGUGCUGUGGGGCCCAGAUCUGCAGGGUCCUGAAGAAAGCCAGGACAAUGCUGAUAGAGGUGCUGGAAGUGGGAACGAAGAGGAGAGCCUUCAGCAGGAAAGUUCUGGGGAGGAGAUCAUCUUGGGAGAUCCAGCUCAGAGUCCAGAAUCCAAGGACCCAUCCGAGAUGCCCCUGGAGAGCCCCUCCCAGGAUGCCUCAGCCCCUCAGGAUUCCCCAACCCCACUGGGUUCUUCCAACUCCUUAGAUCACCAGACCCCUAUGGACCCAUCAGGCCCUGAGGUAGUCCCUUCCCCAUCUGAGUGGACCAAGGCCUGUGAGACCAAUUGGCAGUGGGGAACCCUCACCACCUGGAACAGCACACCUGUAGUCACUGCCAGUGAACCCAGCCUGCGGGAGCUGGUGCAGGGACGCCCAUCUGGGGCUGAGAAGCCAUACAUUUGCAACGAGUGUGGCAAGAGCUUUAGCCAGUGGUCCAAACUGCUGCGGCACCAGCGAAUCCACACAGGUGAGCGGCCCAACACGUGCUCAGAGUGUGGCAAGAGCUUCACGCAGAGCUCGCACCUGGUGCAGCACCAGCGCACACACACAGGAGAGAAGCCUUACAAGUGCCCCGACUGUGGCAAGUGCUUCAGCUGGAGCUCCAAUCUAGUCCAGCACCAGCGCACACACACAGGGGAGAAGCCCUACAAGUGCACGGAGUGCGAGAAAGCCUUCACACAAAGCACCAACCUCAUCAAGCACCAGCGGUCCCACACUGGUGAGAAGCCCUACAAGUGUGGCGAGUGCCGACGUGCUUUCUACCGCAGCUCGGACCUCAUCCAGCACCAGGCCACACACACAGGGGAAAAGCCCUACAAGUGCCCGGAGUGCGGCAAGCGCUUUGGCCAGAAUCACAACCUGCUCAAGCACCAGAAGAUCCAUGCAGGGGAGAAGCCCUAUCGCUGUACCGAGUGCGGCAAGAGCUUCAUCCAGAGCUCCGAGCUGACACAGCACCAGCGCACGCACACGGGGGAGAAGCCCUACGAGUGCCUGGAAUGUGGCAAGAGUUUUGGCCACAGCUCCACACUCAUCAAGCACCAGCGGACACAUUUACGCGAGGACCCCUUCAAGUGCCCCGUCUGUGGCAAGACCUUCACACUGAGUGCCACGCUGCUGCGCCAUCAGCGCACGCACACGGGGGAGAGGCCCUACAAGUGCCCUGAGUGUGGCAAGAGCUUCAGUGUCAGCUCCAACCUCAUCAACCACCAGCGCAUCCACCGUGGGGAGAGGCCGUACAUCUGCGCCGACUGCGGCAAAAGCUUCAUCAUGAGCUCGACUCUCAUCCGCCACCAGCGGAUCCACACCGGCGAGAAGCCCUAUAAGUGCUCUGACUGUGGCAAGAGCUUCAUUCGCAGCUCGCACCUCAUCCAGCACCGCCGCACACACACCGGUGAGAAGCCCUACAAGUGUCCAGAGUGUGGCAAGAGUUUCAGCCAGAGCUCAAACCUCAUCACGCACGUCCGCACACACAUGGACGAGAACCUCUUCGUGUGUUCUGACUGCGGCAAGGCCUUCCUGGAGGCUCAUGAGCUGGAGCAGCACCGUGUGAUCCAUGAGAGAGGCAAGACACCGGCCCGGAGAGCUCAAGGUGACAGUUUGCUAGGGCUUGGAGAUCCUGCCCUACUGACUCCACCCCCUGGAGCCAAACCCCAUAAGUGUCUGGUCUGUGGAAAGGGUUUCAAUGACGAAGGCAUCUUCAUGCAGCACCAGAGAAUUCAUAUUGGAGAAAACCCCUACAAAAAUGUAGACGGCCUCAUAGCACAUCCAGCCCCCAAGCCUCAACAAUUCCGACCUUCCAGGCUCCCCUUUGGAGGCAAUUCACACCCAGGUGCUUCAGAGAGCAGAGCCGACCCCCCAGGACAGCCCUUGAAAGUGCCUGAGGGUCAGGAGGCCGUGGGCCAAAGGCCUGAUCAACCCUCUUCUAAGUGCUAUGUUUGUUCCCACUGUGGAGAAAGCUUCCUUGAUAGGGCUGUGCUCCUGCAACAUCAGCUCACCCACGGGAAUGAAAAGCCCUUUCUCUUUCCUGAGUGUAGGAUUGGCCGCGGGGAAGGGGCAGGACCCAACCCCUUCCUUAGCGCAAAGCCCUUUAAAUGCCCAGAAUGCAAAAAAAGCUUUGGCCUCAGCUCUGAGCUGCUGCAGCACCAGAAAGUCCAUGCCGGCGGGAAAUCCCAGAAGAGCUGUGAGCUGGGCAGGAGCUCUUCAGUCCUGUUGGAGCACCUCAGGAGCCCUCUGGGAGCCAGACCCUACAGCUGCUCUGAUUGUGGGGCUUCCUUCCUCGAUCGACUCGCUCUUACACGACAUCAGGAAACCCACACUCACGAAAGGGCCCCCACUCCUGAGGACCCCCCUUCAGAGUCAGCCACCUUGUCCACAAACCAGGAAGAUGAGGGAGAAGCCUCUACGCCCCCAAAGAGCAGCAGCCACAGGGAAGAGGAAAGUCCCAAAACUGUUUCGGAGAAAAAGCCCUAUCUGUGCCCUGAGUGUGGAGAUGGCUUCCCAGAAGUUGCAACCCUCCUUCUCCAUAGGAGCUGUCACCCAGGUGUCUCCCUGUGAAGUAGGCCUGGUGACCAGGGACCACUCUCUCCUGAUAAAUUAUGGGGAAAGGAGGCCAGCCCCAUCAGGUCAUAGAGAAGUAGAGGGUCAAGAACCCUGGGAAGAAAUAGUGCGUUUGCAUCAGUGAUGAGAAGCCUAAGAGAUGGUGGGUGAAAACCACUUAUAAGCCGUAGAGAAAAACUCCUGGGUUAUUAAGCCCUAUAAAUAUGUAGGAAAAAAGCCCUUUAAGUCUGUAGCAGAGAAAUCUUAUAAACCAUAGUGGGUAAAAGCCCUAUUAAAUGUAGAAAGAGGUUCUAACAUGUCUCUAGACAACCCCAUGAAACUGUAUCAAACCCUUAUCAGAGUCCUCGGGCCGGGGAGGUAUAGGGAAUACAGCUCUACAGCUGGGCACUGACUUGUGAGGUGACCCUCAGAUGACAGAGGAAACAGUCUUCCCAGUCAGUACUCCCUCCUGGCAGCCGUGACAGGGGGAAGCGCUCCGAGGGAAGCCUAUAGUACAGGAAAGCCGUAGAACUAGAUAGAAAAGGAAGAACAAUGUGGAGGGAAUGGCCAGGUGCUUCCAAACCCACAGGUGAGACGAGAUGAAGAAAAGUGUCUCUUCAUACUGGGGGUUCUCUGGGGGUACGAGGCCAAUCUUAGGUGAUGUAUGUACUAGGGGAAGGAAGAUUGGGGGUUCCUUAACAGUGAGAUCCCCAAAUGGGAAAGAAACAAAAAUGACAAGCCAUUUUAAAGGCUGGAGUUUGGGGUGUAUCAACACCCUCAAGUGUAAGGAUACUGAGAAAAUGCUGAGAAACCACCUCAGAUACUAGGGGAGGUUCCAUUUGUUUGAAGGGAAGCAAACCAGGGUGGAGAGACUGCAGAUGGAAGCCAGUUUCUCCUCUUUCCCGGGAGCUUGUUAAACUCCAUGUACAAGCACAUCCCAGUUCAUGCUGUUUGGAUUCUCCUCAGACAGGCAGGACCAGCCUUUCUCCAGUCCAGUGUCUACUCUGAGAGGCCUCUGGGGUUGCAAGGGGCCUCUGCCACAUUCUCAGGUCUCACAGGUUUUACCUGGAAGCUAACUGCCACAAGUCUUACUGCAGUGGCAACCCGUUCCCUCGGAUUCUGUCCUCAGUGGAGAGAGCCGCUUGCUGCUAGUCAACUUCCAAAGAGUAAAUUCCUUCAGAGAGUCAAGGCUGUGUGUGCUUGUCCUCUCUAGUAAUGUCUACAAGUCCGCAAGAGCCUCUUGUUGGUGAUGAGGACGGCAAGACUAUAUUAUAGACAGUUUUGAUUUACCAGCACAUGACUUAAACCUCAGCCUUUUGUGUGAACUUGGUGUAAGGCCGCAGGACAAGCCAGACUGCACAUGGUGGAUGCCCUGACACAGCACAGACUGGACCGGAGUCCCUGAAGAGGCUAUGGCUACUUGACCACUUUCUUCAUCCCCGGUUCUUGGAUGCCCCCGAGGUGGGGUGGCCAAAUUUGUUUUUGGCUCCGGAAAGGGACUGAUUCCACCUGAUCCCGUUGGCUUCUCUCUCCUUAGCCAGAAACUUGUGAAGAGAAAGAAUAAGAAACACUCCCCUACCGGGCCCAUCUCCUCCUCAGACACUAUAGGCUGGACAUUUCAUUAAUUCAGCCAAACCUGCUCAUGUGACUGGAGCUGUGUGAUGGAGCAGAAAGCCUUGGCAUAUAAAGCAUUGAAGAAAAACUUUGGUGAGAACCAUCUGUAACAAAGACCCUUAGAAAUGGGGAGGACUUUCCUUGGUACCUGGGUUGCAAAGGGAAUGUCUUCAGCCUGGUGCUAGCAUUAGUGACUCACUGUCCAAAGAAGCAAGAUGGAGACUCCAAGUGAUAUAUAUGGCUCUUUAGGAAUCCUGUGCUCAGAAGGGUGACCUGGAUUCCUACAAAGCUGGAGAAGAAACCUCUAAUUCCACUACCUAAAAGUUUAAAAGGUGGAUACCUAUCAUCCUUCAUCUAUCCUGUCCCCAAAGGGAUGACCCUCAAAGUUUAAAGGACCAAAAUCUAGAAUACUGGGAGGAAAAAAAAUCCCAGGUCUCCUGGGGAAAGAGAAAAGGCAGGUCUUAGAUCAUUACAGAGACAGCCUUGCUAGAGUCCUAAGUGCCAGGCAGAGAAGCACCAUGAAGACUGGGAGGAGCCUGUAUAUUGACAGAAAUGUUGAUAAAGAGGGUAUCCGUAUAAAAUGGAGUAGAUACUCUCCUAAGUAUAAGCCAGUUUGUCCCCUUCUAAGAUGGUAGCAGAAACUAGAGAGAAAUCCUUUGUAAAACUAGGAACAGAUUCCUGAGACACAGGUCUGAACCUCUGUCAUCAGAAGACUGCUGGAGGGGAGGCAGUGUAGUCAUGGCUGACUGUAGACUAUGGAGGACUAAGAUGGAGCAUCUAUAAUAGGAUACUCUCAUGUUCUGGAGACAGUGGGGCUAUGCUCUUAACUCCAGCACUAAAUGGACCAUGUAGAUAGGUUCCUGGGCUUCCAAGUAGGAAAGGGGGCAGAGCAGAGACCUUGUGGUGAGACCUAUUCUCUUGGCCAACCCUCUCUCCGUACCAGCUACACCAUAGGAUGACCUAACUGGCUCAGGAAAAGGUCCACGAGAAUUAAGGCACAAUGGAGUCAACUCUGUAUUGGACCUAGAGCCCUCAGAAGUUCUCUUGGGGAAGAGCCCAGUAACCAUAGGCAAAGGCGUGCAAACAUAGGAGAGGGCUGGAGCUGACCUGCACUAAGGUGAGACUUAGAACUGAUGUUGAAUAUAGGUAGGAACUCAUAAAGGAACUGGGUGUGAAUCAUGAAUCAGGGUGAGGGUUUGAAACCAUCAUGACUCCCCCACCCUGAGUCUGAAGUGGGUGGCUCCCAGAAGCCUUUGCCCCCACAAAGGAAGCCCCACUCACCUCACUUGUCCCCAUGGAGUGAAGGGAAGUCCUAUUUUUGAGUGUUGUGUGUCAGUAACAUUGUUGUGUCACCCGUGGUCAUGUUGAAUAGUUGAAGAGAAUAAAGGGAAUAAGAUUUCCUA